UCGUUUUCCCCCACAGUGGCAAACACAUAAUUCACAAACAUCACUGUUGUCCAGCUCCUGAAAAACAACGAAGACCCAAAUAGACAGCCACCGAAGUGAGUGAGAGAGAGAGAGAGAGAGAGAGAGAAAGAAAUGGCGAUUUCUGGGGAUCUAAGGGUCUCUGCAACACUGGGCUCGUACCAUGCAUACCCUCUUCGAAGCUCUUUGCGCCCUUCUAAGGUAGAGUUCUCUGGUUUCCUGAAUGGAGGAUCCAGCAUAUCUGAUAUCACAUCCAAAUGGCCCAGCAUGGUACUUGAUAACCGCAAUAUGCGUGGUCAUUCCAAGCAAAUUCCGCAUGUCACUGGAGAUUAUAAGCUGUCGCCAAAGUCCAUCAGCCAAGCUGCUGAGAGCUUCCUCCUUGAUGCCAUUAACAUGAGCUUCCUUGAGCGUUUAAACUUGGCUUGGAAGAUAGUGUUCCCAUCACCAACAUCUAGGAAGAACUCUAAUGCUAGAGUUGCCAAGCAGCGCUUGAAGAUGAUUCUCUUCUCUGACCGAUGUGCAGUUAGUGAUGAGGCCAAACAAAAGAUUGUCAAGAACAUUGUGCAGUCUCUAUCAGAUUUCGUGGAGAUAGAAUCACGGGAUAAAGUUCAGCUGAGUGUCUCUACUGAUUCAGAUCUUGGAACCAUUUAUUCUGUCACAGUGCCAGUACGGAGAGUGAAACCAGAAUAUCAAGAUUUGGAUGAGGCUGGAACGAUAACAAAUAUUGAGUACAAAGAUACUGGAGACUCGUCAGGUUCUGUGGAUGUUAGGUUUGAUUUCUUUAUUCCAGAUGAAAGGUCCUAUUGAUUUCUUGGCACGAAAACACCCAUGAUUGUUGGCUGGUAUCAAUAAGUUCGUCUUUGGAUCCAUAGCUAGUGAACCAAUUUCUGUAAAUAUAUGCUACUUUAAAAGAGUGAAAGUUUUGAUGCUUUACAGUUUGUAGUCUAAUUUGAUGUUUGGCUU